GCAAAGGCUGAAGCACAAACUGAACCCUGCGAGGAGAAAAUGCCCAAUUUUGCCGGCACGUGGAAAAUGAAAAGCAGCGAGAAUUUCGACGAGUUGCUGAAAGCCCUGGGUGUGAACGCGAUGCUGAGGCGGGUCGCGGGCGUGGCUGCGUCCAAACCCCACGUGGAGAUCAAACAGAACGACGAGCACUUCUACAUCAAGACCUCCACCACAGUCCGCACCACGGAGAUCAACUUCCUCAUCGGGGAGGAGUUCGACGAGGAGACGGUGGACGGCAGAAAGUGUAAGAGCCUGGCCGCUUGGGAAACAGAAAACAAGAUUUACUGCAAACAGACUCUGCUGAGCGGGAGCGGGCCCAAGACCUUCUGGAGCCGGGAGCUGAGAGGGGAUGAACUCAUACUGACAAUCGGUGCAGAUGACGUGACGUGCACAAGGAUCUAUGUACGCGUGUAGCAGAGGUCCAGGUCCAGGUCCAGGUCCAGGGCCUCCAGGGUCAAGAGUAGAAACCUCACAACUAAACUCAGCAAAUCUGCUCCGAAUGUCCAUGUUUGGAUUCGUCAUUAAAUCCAAACUUUUUACUCAUAAAACUUGUU